AUGGAUUGUGAACAUGGGUUCAAAGCCUUAGGAAAUGUAGUUGUUAAAGGCUCUAGCCUGUCUCCUGAUCUGCCUAGCUACAGAUGCGUCAAUGAAACUAUAUUAGUAAGAGGAAAACUUCGUCCAAUCUGGGAAGAGAUUGGUCAUGUAAAACAUACAAAUAUUGGAGUUUGGGGAGUUGCAAGAGAUCCUUAUGUAGCACCAGAUAGCAUACCUGUGUGGACUUUUGUAUUUGGGAAAAACCGCAAUAUUCAUGCUAAAACGGUCUAUGCUUUGAAUCAGAAUAAAGUGAUGAAUGAAAAAUAUGCAUCUAUCCUGUUGAUGAAAAAGAAUCACAGUGUAUGUGCUGCCUUGGAAUCUACGGAACCAACAGGAAGCCCUUUUAUCACACUUAUUCCUGCAUCCACUUUGAAUCCUAGACUCCACAUCUCUGAUCCAAGUACAUUUUGUAAUGACAAACCUGAUGGUAACUAUGCUUAUCCAGCAAAUCCACACAAAUAUUAUAGAUGCUCUAAUGGGCAGACAGUAGUCAUGAACUGUCCAGGAGGCUUGGUCUACAAUGCCAUCAAGGAUUGGCCAAGUGAUUUGAUUGUGGAUGAGUUUUGUAAAGACAAACUUAAUGGCAAUUACAGUUACCCACCAGAUCCACACAAGUACUAUGUUUGCUGCGAUGGGAACACUGAGCUCAAGGAUUGUCCACCAGACCAGAUUUUUAUUAACUUUGAACGGCAAUGCAGUUGGCCACGCAGAUUUUUGUAA